CCUGCCAUGUAAUCAAUCCUAAUUCCUAUGUGUCUUCGGAUAAACCGCUGUGAAGUGCUGUGAAAGUGCUUUAGACAAUGUUCGGGAAAUAACCGACUUUUUAAAGCAAAUCAGUUCGAACAACGAAACUGUCUACUUGUUGUGUUUGAUAAGUGCCAUAGGUGCUUAAAUAGCUGAUUAGUGAUGAUAACAAACACCGAUAGCCACUAAAGUAUUUCUAAUGUUAAUAUAAGAUAUUCACAAUGGAAAGCAUAGAUCAAAAUGUCUAUGUGAUAUCAUUGGAUGCAUUGGAUUUGAACCUGCUACCAACUAUGUACAACACACGGGAUGACAGAGUUGCACCGCUGUGGACAAAAAGCAACCUGGACCGGCGAAAUGAUGAAUAUUAUCAAUUCGAAAUUAAAAGUAAGGAUUCAGAAGAAAGUGUCAAAGAUGAGUCGCCUAAACGUGAGCUAGAAAAUGUAAUUUGUCACAUAUGUGACAUCGAUGUGCCCAAACCGUUUUUGAAAGCUCAUCGAAAAAGUUCGAGACACAUAACCAACAUGAAAAUAGCUGAUGUCGCUAUACACAGAAUGAAGAAAUACAUAAAUAACAUAGAUAAUGAAAAUUGCUGCACCGAUUGUGAUGAAAUUGAUCAAUCUGCACACUUUUGUGCAGUAUGUGUAACCAUUGUUGAUGUUAAAGAAAAAGUUACUCAUGAAAAUUCACUUGCACAUAAGAAUAGCGUGAUUCUCGAAAAAAUCUUUAAUGAUUUCCUUCUUUUGUACAACUGUCAAGAAGAAAUUAAUGAUGGUAAAGCAGAAAAUGAAAUGAAUACCAAUAAAAAUGAUUCAGAUGCCAAAAUAAGUUAUGAUAUACUGAAAUUUGUUAGCGAAACUGAUUCUGGUAAUACAUCAAAUAAGUUGCUGAAAUCAAUUGAAAAACCGAUCGAUCCAUCAGAUAAAUCAAUUAAAAUUAAAGAUAAUAAUGUUCCAACACAAGCAGGAAUAAAGGAACAAGCCAAAAUAAUGUCUUUAAGUGAUUAUUUAAGUAUUCUUAAUGAUUUAGUGUAUGUGCCAAUGUUUUUUAAAUCAAAGAAUGACGACAAUCAUUUGAUUGAAAUUGAAACAAUAGAUGGCAGUGUUGUCCAAGUUAGAGAAGACAACUUCCACGGUUUCAAUAGGAAUGGAAAUAAGCAUAUUAUACAAUGUUAUGUAUGUAAUAAGAUUUUCAAAGAAAAAUCCAUUGAAAAACAUAAAAUGAGUGAGAAGCAUAUUUAUUAUAUGACAGUCCCAUUGAAAGAUAAACAUUGCGCAAGACAGAUCGAUGAUUCCUUGAGUCACUGUGUGCUAUGCAAUACAAUAACAGAAUACUCUGAUCUUCACUCAUUAUGCGAUAAAGACCAUGAAGGAAAUCUUAAAGAUGCACUCAUAUCCGAUAAAUUGGUGGAAGAUAAUCUAUAUUCACGUAAAGAAUCACAAAAAGAUACAGUUCUAAAAGAUAGUAAGGAAACUGAAGAAAAUGAUAAUGAGUGGAUUGAAGUUACCAAAAGAAAAGGAAGAGUUGAUAUUGAAAAGAGUGUUCCAACAAUUGACAGUCAAGCAUCAAGUGUAGCAUCAAAUCAAUUCUUUUGUACAGCAUGCAAUGAAUAUAUAAGCACAUUCCGUCGCUCAAGACAUUAUACAACAGCAAAACAUGUUUCUAACUCAAAAUAUAAGUACCAUUAUCUAACGACAGAAAUAGAAAAUGAAUUGUUCUGCAGAAUUUGUGAUGUUAAAAUAACAAAUGACAAGAAACAUGUCUAUGGAAUGGCGCACAUAAAGAAAUACAAUCAGAUACUAGCUGUAAAUAAAAUCAAGCAACUCGAAGGAAACGUUAUCUUCUGCGAGCCUUGUGAUCAAGUGAUAUUGUUCAAACAUGAGUUAACGCACAUAAAUAAGAAAUCUCAUCAAGCCAGAUGCUUUGGCGGUGCAUAUAGUCCAUCAGAAGAUGAAGAAAAUGAAAAAGAGUAUGAGAAAAUGGCAAUUGAUUACUAUCAUUGUGAUGUUUGUAAUGUUAAAGUGCCGAAUUACGAGCGUAAUAUACAAGAACAUAUGAAAGGAAGAAGUCACUCGGCAAACGUUAAAAAAACUAAUCCCACUUCUGAUACUGAUGACGAAAAUAGUAACAAUAGUGACAUUCCAAAAGCGGUUUCAAAAAUUCAUUAUCAAAUGGAAAACACUAAAUUCUCAUCAUUCUUGAAUUGUAAAGUAUGUAAAGUUAUCCUUUUACGUGAUGAAACAUGGGUAAGAGAUCAUAUAGCUUCAGUGAAACAUAAAAGAAAUUAUAUAAAACUAUUAAAAGACAACCAUUUGGUAUUAAAAAAGGACGAUUGUUAUUGUAACGCUUGUAGAAUCUCGAUUGGCAUUGGAAGUGAACUAUCGCAUGCUAGUGGAAAAAAACAUAAUAGGAUGUUAACGCAAUAUCUGGAGUUGCUUAACGCUGGUUCGGUGUCUGAUCCCAGUGCCGUAAUAGAUUCAAAAGUUUCAACAGACAAUCAAAAUGUAUCUAACCAUAAUAUGGACAUACUAUCAAAGUUUAAUGCCAAAUACUUAAUUAAUAUGGACACUCCAUCAGUGUCUAAUGCCAAUGACAUAAAUAACGUAGUGUAUAAUGUCAAAGUGCUAAAUGACAUAGACAAGCCUUCAGUGUCUAAUGCCAAAUACGUAAACAACAUAGACAAGCCAUCAGUGUCUAAUGCCAAAGACGUAAAUAAUAUUGAUAUGUCUUCAAGCGAUAAUAAUUCAUUACCUAAAAUUGAAAAUCCAGACAUUGAACCAGAAAUGCUUGCAUUGUUACAACCGACACAAAAUCCCAAAGAGGUGAUAUGUAAGAUAUGCAAAGUUGUAGUACCGUUUAAUGCAUACAAUGUAACUACACAUAUGAAUGGUAUGAAACACAAGCUUGCGCAGGAAGAAGAAGCAGAAAUUGACUGAAAGAAGGUUUUAAUUUAAAUUUGGAACAUGGUCGAAAUGUGUUAGUCAGUUCUAAUAUUUAGUUCAUUAGUUAUAGGUUUUUAUUUGCACAAGUGAUAUUUUUUUUUUUACUUUGCUUAAUUUUUGUCUGUGUACUGAUUUGAAAUGUAAUGUCGGCAUUAGAGUAACACAUUUUUGUCAUGCUUAUUUUUUACCUUCUUAUUUUUUGUCUGUGUAAUUGAAUAAUGUUUUUUUUAAUUGCAAUCGUUUCCUAUGAAAAGCAAUGAUGAGGGACU